AUGGCAGAAGAGACACAGGUGCUUUCUAUCCAGCAACGGAUCGCCGCCCUGAAUCAGGCGCAGGCUGGACAAAGCCCCCCGACAGCGUCGCCGUUACUCGGGGCGCAUCCAACCCCUUUCGCAUCGCGUCCUGCCCCUUCGCGACAGCAAACGAUCAAUAAUCCCCCAGUCAAUUCGCAUGGCUUUCCCGGUGAUAGUUCACCGGAUAGAACCGAGUCAACGGGAGCCCAACAAAAACCUGUGCCCAGGCCACCACCAACACCGGUCCAGAAACCAAGGGCCCCUCCACCGCUGCCGGUUCGAAAGGCGUCAACCGAAUCGGCACCAGCACUGCCACCGCGAAGACCGUCAGGGUUCUCUCGAAAGGAAUCCAGGGAGUCCCUAGGCUCGGAUGUCUCCCAUUCAACCUCUACGAGUGCGGGAAGGGCUACAAUAGCAUCGACUACAUCUAAUAACUCGGAUACCAUUCGCAGCGUACCCACCCUCACGGCCGAGGCGUCGCCGGCAAACAGCAGCAGAAGCCUCUCGCAGGGUCGUCCCUCACUACCCCCUCGGCGGGAGUCGACCAACAGCACGUCAACUAAUGGGGGCCGCUCUACGUCUCGGCCACCACCGUUACCUUCUAGGAUAAAUAGCGAUAAGUCACCCGGACCAAGUGCGGAUAUCGAUGGCAAGCCAUCAAUGAGAAAACUGCCUCCGCCGCCCCCUUCGAGUGCUGCCCUGGAGAAGAUUCAAAGUUCAGGGCUUGUAGGGAUAAAUCGGAACACUGAGAGCUCUGGGCAAGGGAUGAAUAGUGGUGUACAAGAAGCACAGCCGAACGGGGUGCCACCUCCUGUUCCCAGAGCGACACGUCCAGAUGUCGAUCUCGCCAAACUUCAGGCGACUAAACCUCGCCUUUGUAAAACCGCGCAUUCAGCUGCGGCACUGAGCACUAUGUGCUUGAAAUGUCGUGAUUUCUCGGCGCCUGAUGCCCACGCAGCGCGAUAUCCUCGCGAAUCUCUGCCAUCUUACGAUCUGGCAUGGCUGGCAACGGAGCUGACAGCGCCGUUUCCUUCGCCCACCGAUAAAGCGAGAGCUUUAUUCACCUGGUUCCAUCACAAUAUAGAAUAUGAUGUGCACUCCUUCUUUAACAAAUGUGUAAAACCUUCCACGCCAGCCGGGACUCUAGCGUCAGGACUGGCGGUGUGUGAGGGGUACGCCAGCCUGUUUGCCGCUCUGGCAACUCACGCUGGGCUCGAGGCAGUAGUAGUCGCUGGCCACGGUAAGGGAUACGGCUAUGAUGCUCCUGCCCCGGGCUCCCCUAUACCCCCUGUCUCGGCAACCGGGCAUGCCUGGAGUGCAGUGAGAAUUGAUAAUGGACAGUGGAAGCUAUUGGACGCCUGUUGGGGUGCGGGUGUAGUUCAGGGCCCUGGCCGCCCUUACAAGAAGCAUUUCAGCCCUGCCAUGUUCACCGACUCGAAUGACGAGUUCGGGCUCCGACAUUUCCCUUCCAACCGAUCUCACUUCUUCCGGGAUGAUGGCCGGCCCGAGAUCUCUUGGGAGGAGUACAUCUUGGGCAACCCGAACUCACCAUUGAGCGCCGAGCAGCCGACGAUCUUUGGUGACGCAAAAAAUCACAGCAUAGGUGAACGGUCAUUCCGUCCGGCGGCCAAGCAAAUCUCUAUCCAUGACCCCAGCCCGCUCCGGUUCCAGUUCAAUCUCAUCUGCGAACACUGGACCCUGGAGCAUCACACCCGAGCCAAGCCUGGGCUUUUCUUGCUGAUGGUUCACGGCCUCGACGGUCGGCAAGAGGACCGUCUGCCCUUCACCCAUGUCCGGGGCUCGGGACCGGGGGGAGGUGGGGACUUCUGGUAUGUCGAUGUACCGAAUGCCAAGAUGCUGGGCGCACCCGGCCAGAAGCUAGCCAUCGCCGUACUUACCAGCUUCGGGGAUCGAAAGGACGCACGGGGCGUCACCGCGGAAGAAUAUCGGCAGCAAGUCGGUCGGGUAGGCAUGGCGUGGGCUUACAUUGCGGAGUGGCAGCUGGUGUGA